CAAAUCUAUAGAGCAACAACGUGGAAAUCAUUGGCAUAAAAAAAAGUAGUUUGCAAAUCUCACUAUAUAUUACAACUCGUAGCAACGUGGGUUAGCCACCCAAAAACAAACUAAACCUAAAAAGAGAGAAAGAAAGUGAUUAAUAGAAAUGGCGAACCACAAGGGCAAUGAGUGGCAGUUCAGCGGGAGCGAGGCGGCCAAAGAAGCUGCUGCAGCCACACUAGGCGCCUACACCUCUGUACUCUACGCUAUGUGCGAUCCUAAUGGCAAGCCCAGCUUACCCCCACGAAACAAGGACCCCGAGACAAGCCACACAGCCGAAAAGGCUGUUGCUAAGGUUGUUCUUUGCGGCUCGGGAAACGCCUACGCUCCUAGCAUUGGUCUUCCGCUCGCCAAAGGUGCCGUAGCAGAGUAUCUAAACCGAGAUCUUCCUAAGAAGCUAACAGCAGAUGACGUGUUUAUGACUGUUGGAUGCAAACGAGCCAUUGAUCUUGCGGUCGAUAUUCUGGCUAAACCAAAAGCCAACGUUUUGCUUCCGAGGCCGGGCUUCCCAUGGGACGUAGUCCGCUCCAUCUACAAGAGUCUUGAGGUCCGCUACUAUGAUUUCAUCCCUGAAAAAAACUUUGAGAUUGACUUCGAAAGCGUCAAAAAGGUGGCAGACAAAAACACGUUUGCGAUAUUUAUAAUCAACCCUCACAAUCCCAAUGGAAACACCUACUCUGAGGUUCAUCUCAAACAGCUCGCUGAAUUGGCAAAGGAACUCUCCAUCAUGGUGGUUUCUGAUGAAGUUUUUAGAUGGACCGUCUUCGGAAAUAACCCUUUUGUUCCGAUGGGAAAAUUCUCGUCGAUCGUACCAGUGGUUACACUCGGAUCCCUCUCUAAGGGAUGGAAUGUUCCAGGAUGGCGAACUGGCUGGCUUGCACUGCACGAUCUAGAUGGUGUCUUCAAAAACACUAAGAUAUUACAAGCUGCCACAGAAUUUCUCCAGAUAAAUGCUAAGCCUCCGACUAUUAUUCAGGCGGCUAUGCCUGACAUUUUGGAGAAAACUCCUAAAGAGUUCUUCGACACGAGGGGGAGUUUUCUUAAAGAUAAAGUAGAUUUCGCAUAUUCUAAGCUCAAUCACAUACCUGGCCUCACUUGCUACAUGAAACCCGAAGCAUGCACCUUCUUAUGGACUAAGCUGGAUUUAUCGUGCUUUGUGGAUAUUGAAGACGAUCAAGACUUUUGUAAGAAGCUUGCUGUGGAAGAAAGCCUCGUCGUUUUACCAGGGAUUGCAUUCAGUCAGAAGAACUGGCUGAGGCAUUCUAUCGACAUGGAGACUCCGACGUUGGAGGAUGCAUUUGAAAGAUUGAAGAGCUUCUGUGAACGCCAUUCCAUUACUGAAGAUGGAGCUUCACUCAAAGACGUCAAUGGCGUCAACUAAUUAAAGGGUCAACAUGUAUCUUUUCCCGCCUAAGUCUUUUACUUAUAUGCUAAUAAAAUGAAAUGUUUUUAUUGAUUUGAGAUAAGUCAUGAACAAUUUCGUAUUUGUAUCAUCAAUCGUAUAAUGUUUUCUAAUUAAUAAAUUCCAGCUACUAUUCAUUUGAUAUAGAUUGGGGUGCAAUUACAAU